AUGCUUCUCUCUAAAACUCUUGUUUUCAGCUCUCUUGUGGCCACUGCGGUGUCAAGCACUUGCAGCUACAUUCAGGUGGAUAGUGGCGAUGGAUGCUGGAGUCUUGCCAAUCGUUGUGGUAUCACAGAGGAUGAACUCACGACAUACAAUACAGCCACCGACUUCUGCAAUGAUCUUGAAGCCAAUCAGUAUAUCUGCUGCUCUGAGGGUACUUUGCCAGACUUCUCCCCGAAGCCCUACUCAAACGGCACUUGUUACACUUACACAGUCCAAUCCGGUGACACCUGCGAGGCCAUUGCAAAGGCUGAGCUGAUGGACGAAGACAAGAUCUCGGGUUAUAACAACGAGACCUGGGGAUGGAGUGGAUGCUCCGACCUUAUUCUUGGACAGCGCAUUUGUCUGAGUAAUGGAACAGCCCCGUUUCCCUCUGCCUUAGAAAGCGCUCUUUGUGGCCCGCAGGUCCCUGGGACCACCGAGCCAACUGAUAUGGCCGCCAGCAAUUGGACAAACUUGAAUCCUUGCCCUCUCAAUGCAUGCUGUGAUAUCUGGGGCCAGUGCGGUAUUACUCCUGACUUCUGUACUGCUAGCUCGGCUUUGACGGAUGCACCUGGUACCGCCAAAAACGGAACCAACGGCUGCAUUUCCAACUGUGGCACCAACAUCACCAACAAUGAUGAGGGUCCUUCAACGCCUAGGCGCAUUGGUUACUUUGAAGCAUGGAACGCUGAUCGUCCCUGUCUCAACAUGGAUGUCUCCAAGCUACAAGGAAACUCUUACUACACAGAUAUUCAUUGGGCUUUUGCGAAUCUGACAGAAAGCUGGGAGGUCGACGUUAGCGGUAAUCAGGAUCAAUUCGACGGCUUGCUUAACUUGACUGGUGUGAAUCGAGUCCUCAGUUUCGGUGGAUGGGGUUUUUCCACCUCUGCCUAUACGUACGAUGUUCUCCGUACUGGUGUGCAGGAGGCUAAUCGCCAAACGUUUGCCGACAACGUCGUUGCGUUUAUGAACAAAUAUGAGCUUGAGGGUAUUGACUUUGACUGGGAGUACCCGGGAGCUACAGAUAUUCCCGGCAUUCCGGCCGACAGCUCUGACUCUGGAGAAAACUAUCUCGAGUUCCUUAAGCUCGUUCGUGAUCAGCUACCUGAUACCAUGACUUUGUCAAUUGCUGCUCCCGCUUCGUACUGGUAUCUCAGACAUUUCCCAAUCAAGGAAAUCGCUGAGGUUGUUGACUAUAUUGUUUUCAUGACAUACGAUCUUCAUGGCCAAUGGGACUACAAUUCCACAUCAUCUGACCCCGGUUGUCCGGAUGGAGGCUGUCUUCGCAGCCAGGUUAAUAAGACAGAGACAGCAUACGCCCUGUCCAUGAUCACCAAGGCUGGUGUCAAGUCCAACAAGGUUAUUGCAGGUCUUCCGCUGUAUGGACGCAGCUUUGAAAUGGCAAAUACCAGCUGUACUGGUCCAGAAUGCCGCUUUACCGGUCCCAAUUCAGGCGCUGAUGAGGGAAUUUGCACCCAGACUGCCGGUUACAUUUCCAACUUCGAACUGUUUGAGAUCAUUGACGCCUAUGAAAAUGAAGGUGAAAAUAGCACGUACGGCAGUGUCACCCAGUACCAGGAUGAAGGUGACGUCCUGAUCUACAAUGAAACAAACUGGGUGUCCUGGCUCUCUCCAUCAAGCUAUGUUGCACGUCGAGAGUGGACCGAUGGUUUGAACUUCGGAGGUACCUCUGACUGGGCAAUCGAUCUCAACCAGACUUACUCAAAUGGCGGAAACGGAUCAGAGCUGUCCAGUGGUGAUUAUGAUGAUGACUAUCUUACACCUUGCGACUAUUCUUUGACGUUUGAUAGUCUCGACGCCAUCUAUGACGCUGCCGAUGAUUACAGAUCGGAUUGUGUGGCUGUGUACACGCUUGAAGUGCUGAUCAACAUGCUUAACACUUCUUAUGUGAAUUACACAAACGUCAAUCAAGGCUAUGACGAUCUAUUCAGUUAUUAUGUCACCUACAUGGAAGAUUUGGUGCCCGAAAUUCUCAAGGAUGACUUUUUCUUCAACACAAGUGCUACUGGAGGUGUAUAUGCAACUCAGCCCGCGAUGGGCAGCGGUGCACAAUAUUUCGAGUGCACAGUUGGCUCAGAGACUGCCAAGUCAUGUUCCGACAUCAACAUAGACGACGAGUUAGCAAUCCACACUACAGCCAUCACGCUAACAGACGAAGACGGCUUCGAAACCGCGAUUGCCGAUAAUGGCUUCAUAUCUAGCUGGGUUGAGUUAGGCGAUUACACCUAUGUAUAUGAAUAUUCCGCCCAGGAAUAUGGUGAGGUGAAAAGAGAUUUCAAGUUCACUGGCAGCUUCCCUAUCCAGAAUGCCUCCAUGACAGUUCCAAAUCCAAAGGACAUUGUCACACAAGCCCUUCCUGAUAUUCCUACACUGAUGACAGAGAUGCAAGCCACGUUGUUGGACCUAAUGCUUUCUCAAUGGCAAAAUGGCUCAAUUUCGGAUCCCGCCUCGGCCUACAGCAUGCCCGUGUUCAUGCUCAUGCAGGCCGUUGAGAACAUGGCCGAAGUCAAGAAGCUGGGCACGACAGAGAAAACGGAAGAAGCGGAAGAAGCAAAGAGAAAAAAAGACUUCAUUCUUCUAAUCGUGAGCGUCGUUCUUAUGUUCGUUCCUAUCGUCGGAGAGGAAGUCGCUGCGGCGGCCGGGCUUGCCACCGUUGCACGUACCGUCGCGGUUGCAGGCGAGCUUGCCAACGGCGCUCUCGCCGUUUAUCAAACCGUGGACGAUCCCAGCUCCGCUGUCUCCAACAUCAUUGGUAUGCUAUUUGGCAUUGGUAGCAUUGCCAAGGUUUCCCGUGAUGGCAAAGGAAUUGCGUCUAUUGCUAAGCUCCGAGCAAGCAUGAAAGAUUCUGAGAUUGAGAGCUUCGGUACGAUCUUCACAACGAAUGAUGACAAGCUUCAGUCGAUCUUAAAGAUCUGCAGUGCAUAG